AUGGAGGGGGAGGCAGAGCGCUGUCCCCUGGGCGUGUUUACGUGCCAGCUCUGUGCCCUGACAGCUCCGUACAGCUAUGUGGGACAGAAGCCCCCCGACACCCACGCUGUCGUCCUCCUGGAGGAGAGUUACGUCAUGAAGGACCCGUUCACCUCACACAAGGACAGAUUCCUGGUCCUCGGCUCAAAGUGCAGUUUAUGCAGCCGGCUGGUGUGCGUGGGCCCGGAAUGCAGUUUAUUCUACUCCAAGAGGUUUUGCCUCCCCUGUGUCCAGGAAAACAUGGAUGCCUUCCCUCAGGAAAUCCGGCAAGACUUGGAGAAAAGGAAAGCUCCAUCAAAGAGGCCGGCCAGCCAGCCUGACUCUCGGACGUGA